CCGAGCAGGGAAAAUCGGGGAGGAAAGACAAAACAUCCAGGGAGCUGAGUUUGCAGUUAAGCCAGCAGCUCUGGUCUGGUGUCCCCAUCUCAGCUUCGGAUCGAUUCCAGAUCUGUUCACUAGAAUCCCAACAGGUUAAUACCUAACAAUAAACUUGGAUGGGAUUACGUAACGGUAAGAAGCAUCUGUGGGAGUGAAGCCGCACGCCACAAGCACAAGAGGGGGAAGCCGUGAGCGGACCAUCCUGUCUCGCCGAGGUCAUUUACCUGACGGCUUCAUGUCUGUGCGAGUUUCAGCCAUGAGUGUUCUUCCUCCUGUACGAAGGGACAGAAUCAUUGCUCAGCUCCCUCAGUGUUUCAGGAAAGAGGCAGCUCUCAACACUGAAGACGACUUCAACAAAAAAGUGAAGACUGCCUGCCAGCAGCAGCGUACUGGCACUGUGGGCAGAUUUAAAAUCUCAAAGGUCAUUGUUGUUGGUGAUCUGGCCGUGGGGAAAACCUGUCUGAUUAACCGAUUUUGCAAGGAUGUGUUUGAUAAGAACUACAAGGCGACAAUUGGUGUUGACUUUGAGAUGGAGCGGUUUGAGGUGAUGGGUGUUCCUUUCAGCUUACAGCUGUGGGACACUGCAGGUCAAGAGAGGUUUAAGUGCAUUGCUUCCACAUACUACAGAGGAGCCCAGGUUGUGAUUAUCGUCUUUGAUGUAAAUGAUGUUGCUUCUCUGGGACAUGUAAGGCAGUGGCUUGAAGAUGCCUUGAAAGAGAAUGACCCCACCAGGGUUCAGCUGUUCCUCGUUGGCACAAAGAAAGAUCUGAGUUCUCCAGCUCAGUACUCUAGGAUUGAAGAAGAUGCCCUCAAACUAGCACAAGAGAUGAGAGCAGAGUACUGGGCUGUUUCAUCGCUGACAGGAGAAAAUGUAAAGGAGUUUUUUUUCCGCGUUGCAUCGUUGGCAUUUGAGACCAACGUUCUUGCUGAGCUGGAGAAGAGUGGGUCGAGGCAGAUUGGAGAUGUCAUCAGAAUUAACAGUGCUUCAAACAACGCUACACUGAAGAAGAAACAGCCAAAGUGCUGUCAGUAAGGAGGGAAGCAGGAGUUGGAAGUCAAAGGUACAGACUGAAAAUGAGUUGUUUUCUCAGUGAAAAAUGACUGUGGCUACUUUCCAGCUCAUGGGAGGGAGCUCUGUGGUCACAGCUGGAGGAGGGAUGCUGGACUCUCACUGCUGACAUGCUUGAGUUCAGUUUUUCCUGGGCUGGGAUCAGUUGGGAUGUGAAUUCUUGUGGUGUUGCUCAGCUGAACUUGUUUGGAGUUUGAGUGGCGCAGCAAUUACACAACACUGACUGUCCUGGUUCUGCUGAGAUGCCAAAGAAUGACUGUGGAUAUUUUUCACUCUGUACAGUAUGUGUGGAUGCUUACUUCACUUAUAGGCCUCGAAUUAACUCUACCAUUCUGCUGCUGUAGUUUGUUUUACAAUAAUGCUCUGGUGUAUCUUCAAUUCUUUUGUUUUAAAUGGCUGUUUAACAUGGUACUUUGCCUUUUUUCAUAAUAUUUGAUAUUUUAAAAGCUGUAGCUCCCAACCUUUUUGGCUAGUGACCCCUUUAAACAAACCAGUAUGUACUUUUAACCCCAUAUGUCUCCCAGCAAUGACCAGUCUCACAAAAUGUGAUCAUGUUCUGCCUGGUUUUAUUUCAAUAUUUCUAUAAGCUCAAGGAAGCAAUAUUAUACA